AUGUCGUCCAGCCCUAACCUGCAGAUGUCCUUCAUCACCUCCUCCACGCAGGGCAAAACCGUCAUGAAGCUCACCUCAGACAGGCAAGUGCUGUUUCAAUCCCCCAAGCCCUCUUCUCAUUUCUUAGAACUGGCUCACUGUGAGGACUCCUGGGACCUGGAGGAGCAGAUGCGGGCCCUCUGUGAACACUGGCCUGUACAAGAAAUAAGUCGUGGUCUUAGCCGACUUCAGAAUAUAGUGCCUACAGGAGCCACAAACUUGCAGGAAGGGUUGAUAAAGGCAAAUAAACAGAUUCAACAAGCUACCUCAGGAGAGAGCAGUGCUUCCAGCCUGAUUAUCACCCUGACCGCGGGGCCGCUGCUACCAAGGACGUUACAGGACACAAAGAAGGAAGCUCAACAGGCUCGGAAUAUGGGGGCCAAGGUUUACUGCUUGGGUGUAAAAGACUAUAAGAGAGAUCAGCUACAUGAUAUUGUAGAAAGAAAGGACCAAAUGUAUGGGAUGGACGAAUUCAAUUCUGCUGAAAAGCUUGUUGCCUCGCUCGUGAAAAAUUCGUGUAUGGAAAUGAUGGCUGGGGACACACACUUUGUCUGUUUAGGAGGUAAGAGCCAAGCCACAGAUCUAGACAGAAAACCCUAUGAAGUAACAUUUUCUGCAUCUGGCCUACAUCAAAAAAGGAAGGAUGAAAUUGUUUGCAGAUAUCAGCUGGGCCCCAGAAAAGUCUAUGGAAAAAGACCCAUCUCUAUCAAUAAUGAAAAAUUAUUUUGCCCAGGACAUAGGUUUGACAAGGCUGGACAGGAGGUUUUCAUUGAUUACAGCCUGAACAAUGGUCUCAACUUUGUAGAUGAAGACUUGAAAAUUGCUGGCAAGGAUUGUGAGAGUGACAGGGUGGGGCUGCAAGGACCUCAGUGGACGGGGGUGAAAAUGGAGGAACACAAAACCUGGGAAGCAGAGGUUAAGCCUUCAGAGCCCACUGUUGUAUCAACAAUGAUCACACUGCCUACAGUUAUCAUGAUAAGGACCAUAGUGCCUGCUGUUGUCUUGACAACCACAGUACCUACUGUUGCCACAACAACAAGCACACCACCUACCACUGUCACAACAGCCAGAGUAUCUACCACUGUCACGACUACGAUGACCACAGCGAGUACGUUUGUUCCAGAGGAGAUGACAGUGGCUGAGGUGGUCCCAGAAGAUGAGAGUGCAUUUCCUGAGGUAGUCCCAGAAGAUGAGACCACGUUUCCUCAGGUGGUCCCAGAAGAUGAGAGUGCACUUCCUGAAGUAGUCCCAGAAGAUGAGACCACGUUUCCUCAGGUGGUCCCAGAAGAUGAGAGUGCACUUCCUGAAGUAGUCCCAGAAGAUGAGACCACGUUUCCUCAGGUGGUCCCAGAAGAUGAGAGUGCACUUCCUGAAGUAGUCCCAGAAGAUGAGACCACGUUUCCUCAGGUGGUCCCAGAAGAGAAGACAUUUCCUCAAGUGGUCCCAGAAGAUGAGACCACAUUUCCUCAGGUGGUCCCAGAAGAGAAGACAUUUCCUCAAGUGGUCCCAGAAGAUGAGACCACAUUUCCUCAGGUGGUCCCAGAAGAUGAGACCACAUUUCCUGACGUGUUCCGAGAAGAGGAGACUACAUUUCCUCAGAUGGUCCCAGAAGAUGAGACCACAUUUCCUGAGGUGUUCCCAGAAGAUGAGACCACAUUUCCUGAGGUGAUCCCAGAAGAGGAGGCUACAUUUCCUCGGAGGAUCCCGGAAAAUGAGACCACAUUUCCUCAGGUGUUCCCAGAAGAGGAGACUACAUUUCCUCGGAGGCUCCUGGAAAAUGAGACCACAUUUCCUCAGGUGUUCCGAGAAAAUGAGGCCACAUUUCCAGAGGUGUCCCCAGAAGAUGAGACCACAUUUCCUGAGGUGAUCCCAGAAGAGGAGGCCACAUUUCCUGAGGUGUUCCCAGAAGAGGAGAUCAUAUUUUCUGAGGCGUUCUCAAAGAAGGAGACCACAGUGCCCACCACUGUCGCAGAGGAGACCACAGAACCCACGGUUGUGCCAGAUGAGGAGACCACCAUGUCUAACAUUUCCCCAGAAGAGGAGACCAUGGUGCCUACCACUGUUGCAGAGGAGACCACAGCACCCAUGCUUGUUCCUGAGGAGGAAACCACCAUGUCUAACAUUUCCCCAGAAGAGGAGACCAUGGUGCCUACCACUGUCGCAGAGGAGACCACAGCACCCAUGCUUGUUCCUGAGGAGGAGACCACCAUGCCUAACAUUUCCCCAGAAGAGGAGACCACGGUGCCCACCACUGUAGCAGAGGAGACCACAGCACCCAUGCUUGUUCCUGAGGAGGAGACCACCAUGCCUAACAUUUCCCCAGAAGAGGAGACCACGGUGCCCACCACUGUAGCAGAGGAGACCACAGCACCCACAGUUGUGCCAGAGGAGGAGACCACCAUACCUGAGUUUUUCCCAGAAGGGGAGAUAAUAAUACAUGGGACUGUCCCAAAGAAGAUUUCCUUAAUGCCCAAGGUUGUCAGCCAUAACCUGCUUUACAGAAAUCCUCUCUGGGUCCCUGUGCUCAUCUCAGCCCUGUUCCUGUCCCUCUUCCUGUCGCUGCUUGUCUGCAUCUGCUGUCACAAGUGGAUCGUCAAGAAGCCACCACCAGCCCAGAAACCAGAAAAGAAGCCAUCCCCCGAGCAGGGAUAUACUGCAGUGGUUAUCCCUUGCUGUGAGUGCCAAGAAGACAGGAUAAGACGGAUGGAGGGAAAACUGGAUGUUUUUUAUAACUUUCUUCAGCGCAGCAGCCUGAUGCCAUUGAUGCAGUGUCCAAGCAGGGACAUGGGAAGGUGCAUCAGCUUCACCUUAGUGAAUCCCCACUGUGCGCAAAUGCUCUGCAGAUCAAACAUCUGCCUUCAACCCAGCCAGGAGUGCUUCCCCCUCAAUAUCAACUGCUCAGAUCAUCAAUAUCCCCCACCCAUAUGCCCUCAGCCACCCUCCAAGAUGCUACCGCUGAUCCCUCCCACUGCCCGGAAGCUUUGCAGAAGUAGUAUGUCACUCCCACCUCCAUAACCCAAUAUCUGAGCACCAAAACCCCACAUUGUUAAGAGCCGUUUGCGUACUGUAGUGGACAUAUAUAUUGUGUUUUGGUUUACAGUCAAAAGGAGUUGGAAUUUGUUGGUGAUCAGCAAGACAG